GAGACACAAAGACCUAGGUGACUGUGACUAGGCUGCGGCGUCGCAGAAUGGAGUAGCCGUGGAGUGAAGAGUCCCAACACUAGUCUCCCAAGUUUUUGAGGUGAGAGAAAUACGGUAAGUUGUUGUGUAAGGGCAGUUCAAUGACAGAUCUGAGGCUUUAACCUUAAGCGCUUUGUUUCUGGUUUAGUUUUGCCCAAGUUUGACGUGACCGUAAACGCACUGCAGACCUACAGCGUUGCAGUUAUGGGACUAAAAGUUGAGUCUUGUGCCAAAUGUACAUAUGGCCAACCUGUACCUGGUCAAGCCUUAGUGGAAGUGUGCCGUGAUCCAUUUCCAUACAGUCUGUUUCAUAAUUUGACCGGACAGUGCCUGACUCAAACCGCAAAGAUGAAUGCCAUGGGGUGUGCCUCUCUUACGGUUGGUACGUCAGUGCUUUUCAACACCAAAUUUGAAGACCAAACGCAAGACACAUUUCUUGUAAAUGUGAAUGUUACUGAGGAGGGAACAGAUGUAAUGGUGUCAAUCUGCAAUGGUGUGCAUUACAAACAAAGCUGUAUAUCUCUUGGAGGGGAGCAACUGGCCCAACAAACUGCUGUUGAAUCUAACUACAAACAAGAAUGGACGGGCUGCAUUCUCCCUAAACACUGCUAAUCUUAAGGCGGAUCUGAAUCUGGUGGCGAGUGCUAAUCCAGAGGUUUUUUUUAUGGUUAUAAAUCGCCAUACUUCACUACAGAUACAAGGUUUGUUCAGCUUCUCCCGACAACCCAUUGUUUAGUCCACUGACUUGACUAUAGUGACGCUCAAUCAGCAGCUCAAAUGUCGUGCUUCGUUUCCAGUGACCGUGGAGUAUUCAUUUGUUGGAGAGGCUGGUAGCUACAGCGCUGACAUUAUCUAUAUGGUGAGUGGACAUUAGUUUUGUAGUUAAGUUUGCUGGUCCGUUUGUUCCGCAACUUGCACAACUAUGUCUUCUGUCUUAUCCAAAGGAGUGAUUGUCCUCCAUGGAUUUCAGACGAUUGAAGCAAAGGCUGGUGAUGCAGUCACAAGCAGCUCCGAGACGUUCCAGUUGUCUGUCAGCAUCGAUAUGGCUCCAGCAGUGCAGAUUCAGGUCUACAGCGUUCUUCCCAGUAAGAAUGUAGUUGCUGCUAGUGUGCCGUUUGACACCAAUAUGUGUUUCCAGAACCAGGUACUGCAUGUUGUGGCUAUUUUCAAUUUGGGAAUGUUGGUGUGUGUCCUACAGCGUGUUAGUCCAUUUUCCAGGUGUCUCUGUCGCCCCGUCCGUCGGUCGCCCCGUCCGUCCGUCGGUCCGCCCGUCCGUCAGUCGCCCCAUCCGUCCGUCGGUCGCCC